AUGCCGUUGGAGGUAUCAUGCAUGGCGGGUGUUGCAGCUCUCUCGGCACACAGUACUGCAGACAAGACUGAAAGAGUUGUGGUUCUUCCUGAACUGCCACGCGUCUGCACCGUGUCUGCUCCCAGCCAGAAAACUGAGCGGCCCCAACCUCCUCCAGUGGGAUGGGACUGGGGAUUUUGGCUGCUGCUGGAUUGGAUCAGUUCCUCAGCAGGUGCCUCUGAACUUGCUUGUUUUGAGAGACAGACAACAGGUAAUGAUUCUGACGUUGACCUUGACAGGAAGGAAGAUGAGCGAGAAAAAACUCCCAAGAGGCCUAGAGUUCAGAAAACGGAGAAAAUUCCAUCAACUAAGGAGGCUGAACAGGUUUCAGGAGCUAAAAAUCCUAUAAUAAGUGUGGUUUUGACAGCCCAUGAAGCUAUUCCAGGAGCCACAAAAAUUGUGCCUGUUGAGGCUGCUCCCCAAGAAAGUGAACCCACAACUCCAGAGGCAACAGUUCAAGACCCAUCACAACGAAGAGGAUAUCAAGAAUAUGCCAUUCAGCAAACCCCAUAUGAGCAGGCAAUGAAAUCAAGCAGGUUGGGUCCAACUCAGUUGAAGAUUUUCACAUGUGAAUACUGUAACAAGGUGUUCAAAUUUAAACACUCCCUCCAAGCACAUUUGAGGAUUCAUACGAACGAAAAGCCUUACAAGUGUUCUUACUGCAGUUAUGCCAGUGCCAUCAAAGCCAACCUCAAUGUUCACAUGCGGAAGCACACAGGGGAGAAGUUUAGUUGUGAUUAUUGUACAUUCACUUGUCUCAGCAAAGGCCAUCUCAAAGUCCAUAUUGAAAGAGUUCAUAAGAAAAUCAAGCAGCAUUGUCGUUUCUGCAAGAAGAAAUACUCAGAUGUUAAAAAUUUGAUCAAGCACAUCAAAGAAACACAUGACUUGCAAGAUAAAAAGGUGAAGGAUGUUUUUGACGAGCUUCGCUUGAUGACACGAGAGGGUAAAAGACAACUUCUUUAUGACUGCCAUAUUUGCGAACGCAAAUUCAAAAAUGAACUUGAUCGAGACCGUCACAUGCUGCUUCAUGGUGAUGAAAGGCCCUUUGCUUGUGAGCUCUGUGGUCAUGGAGCCACCAAAUACCAAGCCCUUGAGCUUCAUGUUCGAAAGCACCCGUUUGUGUAUGUGUGCUCCGUGUGCCUGAAGAAAUUUGUCAGUUCUGUAAGACUCCGUGCUCACAUCAAAGAUGCGCACGCAGAUUUACAGGAGACUUCUGUGUUUAACAGCUCUAUCAAUCAGAGUUUUUGCCUGCUUGAGCCAGGAGGCGAUAUCCAGCCAGAAGCCCUGGGGGAGCAGCCAGCCCAAAGUGCAGGGGAACCGACUGUCGCGAGUACCGACGCUGGUACCGUACCACAGCCAUCUGCUUGUGAAAGUCAAUCAGCGGCUGCAGAUGUAAACCAUAAUAGUCAACAGAAUAGUGACUUAAAAAUUGAUACAGCCCCUUCCUUAGAAUUUCAAAGUCCUCUAGUGGAGAACGUAACAGAGACCCUGUGUCAGACAGCAGACAUAGGGGUCCCAAACAUUGGAUCCUGUGUAGAGGCAGUGAAAAAUGGUACUUCUGGUCCUGACGAGUUAAAAGUUUCUCCUGCAAAUGAAGAGGAAGGUAAUCACUGCACCUCUGUAAAUGAGCAAGGUGAAGAAAUUCAGCUUCUGCUGCCUGAAGACAAAAGUUUAAAUCCGAGUCAGAGCAGUGUGAUGACUGAGAACCUUGCAGUCUCUGAAGAGGGAAGUCAGUCUGUUCCUUCUAGUGAAUCGGAGACAAGCAAUCCGCCAGUUCCCAAUGCAGCAGAAACCAUGAGCCCUUCGCCAGCGCCAGAGGCCGAUGCAGCCGUCGGUCCUCAGGCAGCCUCUUCUGAUGCAGUUCCUGCCGACGGUGGGAGCGGAGCUGUCGCCUUUAUGCAGAUCCUGGACAGCUUGCAGAAGAGACAAAUGAACACAGAGUUGUGUGAGAGGAUAAGGAAGGUUUAUGGAGACUUAGAAUGUGAAUAUUGUGGCAAGUUGUUUUGGUACCAAGUGCAUUAUGACAUGCAUGUUCGUACGCAUACUCGAGAGCAUUUAUAUUACUGCUCCCAGUGCAAUUAUUCUUCCAUCACCAAAAACUGCCUUAAACGUCACGUCAUUCAGAAGCACAGUAAUAUUUUGCUGAAAUGUCCCACAGAACAUUGCGACUACUCUACUCCAGAUAAAUACAAGCUCCAGGCACAUCUGAAAGUUCACACGGAGCUGGUGUAUGAGGUUCAUCUGAUGGCAAAAAUCUCUGUAAAUGAUAUCUGA